AUGGGCUCAACAAGCGAGCCCACCGGCCACCAUGCCCUCAUCUUUGGUGCCUCGGGCAUCACAGGGUGGGCCAUUGUCAACACCAUCCUAAACGGCUAUCCUAACUCUUCAGCCUUCUCCAGAGUCACCGCGCUCACCAACAGACCUUUCACGCAAGAAGUUGCGCAAUGGCCAAAAUCGGACAAGUUGAACAUCGUCUCUGGUCUCGAUCUGCUGAAGGGUUCCCAAUCCGAGCUCGCGGCGACUGUGAAGGCGCGAGUCGCCGCAAUUGACACAGUAUCCCAUGUUUACUUUUUCGCAUACAUCAUGGAUGCCGACCCAGCAAAAGAGAUCCAAAUCAAUGUCGAUCUGCUCCAGCGUGCCGUGUCCACCAUAGACAACCUCUCGAAGUCCCUGAAAUUCGUUGUCCUCCCUACGGGCACAAAGGCGUACGGAGUCCACCUCCUCCGUGACGGCUUCCCCCAUGCCAGUAACCUCCCUCUAAAAGAAUCUCACCCUCGCAUUCCGGAGCCGCAUGCUAGUGAAAUGUUCUACUACAACCAACUCGACCUCCUUAAGUCACUCUCGUCAUCCCAACCAUGGACCUAUUGUGAUGUUAUUCCCGACGUAAUCAUUGGCUUUGUUCCCCACAACAACAUCUAUUGCUUACCUCAGGCCCUCGCCCUUUACCUCUCCCUAUACCUCCACAUCAAUGGCGAGGGAGCGAAAGUUGUCUUUCCGGGGACGAUGAAUAGCUGGGAGAACAAGACGAAUGAUUCCAGCCAGGAUCUCAUUGCGAAGUUUGCGAUCCAUGCGAGUUUGCACCCAGAGGUGAGUAGUGGGCAGAGUUUUAAUGUAGCCGACAACUCGAGCCCUUCAACUUGGUCUAGAAAGUGGCCCAUCAUAUGCGACUACUUUGGACUCAAGGGAGUGGCGCCCACCAAUGGCUCCGGCCCGGAUCCUACAGGCUAUGUCUCCGAGAAUCGCAAGAGGUGGUUGGAGCUGGAGAAGAAGCAUGGUCUCCAGCCCGGGAGGGUGGGAAAUGAGAGAAGCUAUGGCGGAUUUCCGUAUUUCAUUAUGACAAUGUUGGAUUUUGAUCGACAGCUGGAUUUGACUAAGAUGCAUGAUGCUUGGGGAAAGGGGGGAAAGGUGGAGGAAAUGGACACGAUGGGGGCGUGGUAUGCGGUGUUUGACAGGUUUAGGAGGGCGAAAAUCAUCCCAUAG